AUGAGCUUUGAGGAGAGCGUCACGUCCUUCUACGUGGCGUUCGCGGAGCAGCAGCUUGACCAGGUAUGUCAGGCUCUGAGCGACAUGCGUAUGCUGCGAAGCUGCGAAGCCAAAGCGCAGAGUCUGCAAGACACGGCGCUCUCCCACCUGCAACAAGCUUGCGCGGGCUCCAACGUGGAUGUGGACGCAGCACUGGCGGCCUUCGCUCGAUGUGUCUUUCUGGGCGCUGCACGCGAGGCAGUAUCCAAGUUUUCGAGCUGCUUGAGCGGCAUUUUCGCCACUCAAGCGCGUGCGAGUCUUGACCGCGUGCGAGGCAGCAAACAGGCUGCCAAAGCUAAUGAACAUGGCUACAUCGAUCGAGCCUUCUACGUAAAAUCUUUAAGCGAGCUGCUGACAGGAGCUACGGACAUUAUGAACGCCGUAGCAGACGUCACAGCGGACCCACAGGUGCUCAAGCAAGUACUGGAGCCGAUUCACGUCUCGUGCGCUGAGAUCGCGCUGCAAAUGGUGCAAAUGUACGCAGAUGACGCUCGUAUGGUCGCAUGGGAACGUAGAGCCAAUUCUCAGGCACAGAGAGACCCGAGACGCGUGCUGGAGGGGGAUGAAGUGGAGGCGGAUGAGAGUUUGCAAAUGAUCGACUUGUUUCUGGACGAACUGGCGUUUAUUAUCCGCGUAUUAGUGAGCUAUACUGCCUUCUUGGCUACAGUGUGUGAAGGGUUGGGACAGAAAGACGGCGGAUUUCAAGUCAAGGUGCAGGAACUUAGCGGUGUGUACGUCGUGCUGGAGAGAUUCUACGUGUUUCAGUCCGUCCAUAAAGCCACGGCGAUUGCUGAGCCUCAGGAGCUGGAACAGGGUGUCUAUGUGUCAAGUGUCGUCGAGGACGUGUCCUUUGUACUCAAUAAGGCGUUUUUUCGAGCCUCCCAAUGUAUGAAUUAUCAUACUGCUCUCUCCAUUGUGAUUGCAAUAGUGGAUGCACUAGAGUCCCAGUACCUGCAAGCCAUCUUGGUACUGCCGAGCCGACCGUGUGUGUCCUUCUCGGACAUGCUUCUUCAAGCUGUGGACGAAGACUUAGAACGAACUCUGCAAGAGGAAGCAAGACCCAUCAUGACCAUCAACUCGGCAUUCGCGAGCGGCGAGUUCGUACGUGCACUCCAAGACAAAAUCGACGAAUUUUCCAGCGCGAGUUUCCCGACGGACGCUCCGAUUCUCGAGUGUCUCCCGACGCCUAUUCACGACAUGACGGAGGCAUUUCACUCCAUUGUCUCCAACGAGAUACAGGAGAUGCUGUCACGAACUCUACACAAACGACUACCGCAGAUUCUGAAUCAUUCGAUGGAUGAACAACUGCAAUACGUGCUUACGUCAGCUCAGUACGACGCGCUCGGAUCGCAGGGCUCUCCUUUGGUGCGCCUGGUGGAACGAGAGAUCGUGACGAAUCGAGAGCUGCAGCGGUACGAGCAAGCGCUGUGCAGAGCUCCCUUUGAGGAUCUGGUUGAAGCAGCCACGCAAUACUUAACUUCUUGUGUGGAGAAGGCGCUUCUCACGUCCAAGAAGCGCUGUAAUGACUUAGGUGCACUGCAAUUGGAGCGGGAAGUCACGGAAAUGCUGACUCGCAUGUCUACGCUUGUGCCGCAAAGAAGUCUUCGUGGGGCUUUCACGCGGCUCUUUCAAGUCGUGUUUGUGCUAAACUUGAUGCAGCCAUCUCAUGUGCUGGACUACUUGGCGAGUUUGCGAGAAGAGUUUUCAGCGCAGGUUAUUGAAACACUCUUGCGCAUGCGCGUAGACUUCAAGAGCCAGGAUAUAUCCCGUGCGAUGGAUCAAAUCGUGAAGACGACCAAAAAGUCGACGAAUAUUUUGUAG